CCCGGUUAGGUGCCGCUUCUUCUCGACCCCGAGAGGCCGGGGCGGCAGCAGGAUGGCAGAAACACUCCUGUUCUGGAAAACGGAGUAGGAUAUCGCCGGCUCGGGGCCAUCGGGCAGCGGUCGGCCAGCUCUGGCCAGCGGCCUCCUGUGGAAACCCCCAGCGCCAUCGGCCAACGCGCUCUUCCCGGGUCUUUGGCAGCUGGGAGCCGGGUCGAGACCGAGUCUGGCCAGCCGGAGAGGCCGAAUCUCCGCUCUCGUCGCCAGAAAGCUUUUAGUGGCCCACGGAGAAAGCUGUCCCCCGUUGGUGAAUUCCCCAGUGAGAUCAGAGAAAGUCUGGGGCUUUGCUUCAACAGAAUGCUUCUCGGGGUCUCUGUUCGCGGCCACUGCGGAGAGAGAAAGUGCAGAGGCCCCUCGGACCCCAGCAAUGUGGGGUUCCCCUCUCCAGGCACGACGUCUGUGCGUCCAGGGGUCAGACAGAGACACGGCACAGGUCUCCUUAAUGUUGGGGAAAAGAGAUUUUGAGCGCGAUUCCCCGCCCCCCCCCCCCCCCCCCACCGCCAAGUGGAAUUGUUUUCACGCCCAUCCAGAAAGCGAUUGUUUUGUUUCUUUGGUCUUUGAAAUGAACUAUGGUGCGAUCAGAAGACGUCAGAGCUACAGCUGGACGCAAACUUCCACUCUGCCCACGGGAAAUCUGAGGCCACCGAAGGAGAUGCUUUCCUGAGGGGCCCCUGGCAGCUGGGCCAGAAGGGGUGCCCGCACCCAGACUGCCUCCCAUACCCGUCACCACCAGCCUUGGUGCCUGUCCCCUCCCUUCACCCGGCCGAUGGCCCCAAGGUGCAGGCCCCUUCAGAGGAGCCGACGACGACCUGGGCCUUCUCAGCAACAGACGGCACGCUUCCUCUGGGUUUUCUAAACCGAUGAAGAGUUGGAACGGGGCUGUGGCCGUCCCCGGAGGGCCAUGCAGCCCUCCCGUCCCCGGGGCCCCCUCCUUUCUAGCGCAGACACUCCUCCUCUGGGACCAUGGGAAAGGCGCCAUUCCCAGAUGCCGAGAUGCGUCCCUCCAGCAGCCGGCUGAGGCACUAGAAUGAGCCCGUUGUUCUCGAAGACCAGGCCUGGGCCGGGGCGGGAGGAAACCGCGGGCAUUGAAUCUCAGAGUAUCGGUUUCUCCUCCCCCCAACUCAGCUCCCCGCACGCCUGCGAGGGACGGCCAGGCGGAGGGCAGGGGGCUCCGCCUCGGACCCUCCUGCCUGCCCGACUCCCCGAGCUCCCCCAAAGCGCUUGACCUGGAGCCCACAGGCCAGGGUGGGUCAGACUUGUCCCUGAGCGAGUUCAAGGGGAGGAGCCUGUGUUGGGGAGCGUACAGCCAGGAUGGGAGCCGCCAGCAGGCAGGACAGCACCUUCCAGGCGAUGCUGACACUCAGCUGGCUCACCCUGGCCGCGUCCGCAGCAGUGGCGGCCGAGUGCCCCGACCAGAGCCCUGAGCUGCAGCCCUGGAGCCCUGGCCACGACCCGGGCCACCGCGUGCACAUCGGCCGGGGCAGGACACUGCUGCUCACGUCUUCUGCCACGGUGAACUCCAUCCAUGUCUCAGAGGGAGGAAAGCUGGUCAUUAGGGACCAAGACGAGGCGAUCGUCCUGCGUACCCGGCACAUCCUGGUUGACAACGGAGGGGAGAUGCACGCGGGGAGCGCCCUCUGCCCUUACCAGGGCAACUUCAGCAUCGUUCUGUACGGCAGGGCCGACGAAGGCAUUCAGCCGGACCCCUACUUUGGCCUCAAGUACAUCGGGGUCGGCAGAGGAGGCGUCCUUGAGCUACACGGACAGAAGAAGCUCUCCUGGACGUUUCUGAACAAGACCCUUCACCCAGGCGGCAUGCAGGAGGGGGGCUACUUUUUCGAAAGGAGCUGGGGUCACCGUGGAGUCAUCGUGCAUAUCAUCGACCCCAAAUCGGCGACUGUCAUCCACUCCGACCGGUUUGACACCUACAGAUCCAAGAAGGAGAGUGAACGCCUGGUCCAGUACUUGAACGCGGUGCCUGCGGGCAGGAUCCUUUCGGUGGCAGUGAACGACGAGGGGUCCCGGAACCUGGAUGAUGCGGCCAGGAAGGCCAUGACGAAGCUGGGCAGCAAACACUUCCUACACCUUGGAUUCAGACACCCUUGGAGUUUCCUAACUGUGAAAGGAAAUCCCUCUUCUUCCGUCGAAGACCACAUUGAAUAUCACGGGCACCGCGGCUCCGCUGCUGCCCGGGUGUUCAAAGUGUUCCAGACGGAGCACGGUGAGCAUUUCAACGUUUCUUCAUCCAGCGAGUGGGUUCAAGACGUGGAAUGGACGGGGUGGUUCGACCACGACAAAGUGCCGCAGACUAAAGGUGGGGAGAAAAUUUCAGACCUCCGGGCGGCUCACCCGGGAAAAAUCUGCAACCGCCCCAUCGAUAUACAGGCCACUACGCUGGACGGCGCUAACCUCACCGCCGAGGUUGUCCACAAAAAGGGCCAGGAUUACAGGUUUGCCUGCUACGACCGGGGCCGCCCCUGCCACGGCUACCGCGUGCGGUUCCUCUGCGGGAAGCCUGUGAGACCCAGACUCGCCGUCACCAUUGACACCAACGUGAACAGCACCAUCCUGAACCUGGAGGACGAUGUGCGGUCGUGGAAACCCGGAGACACGCUGGUCGUCGCCAGCACCGAUUACUCCAUGUACCAGGCAGAAGAGUUCCAGGUGCUCCCCUGCAGAGCCUGUGCCUCCAACCAGGUCAAGGUGGCAGGGAAGCCCCUGUACCUGCACAUCGGGGAGGAGAUCGACGGUGUGGACAUGCGGGCGGAGGUUGGGCUCCUGAGCCGGAACAUCGUGGUGAUGGGGGAGAUGGAGGACCGGUGUUACCCCUACAGCAACCACAUCUGCAGCUUCUUUGACUUCGAUACCUUUGGGGGCCACAUUAAGUUCGCGCUGGGCUUUAAGGCGGCCCACCUGGAGGGCGUAGAGCUGAAGCACAUGGGGCAGCAGCUGGUGGGGCAGUACCCCAUUCACUUCCACCUGGCGGGCGACGUGGACGGACGGGGAGGCUAUGACCCACCCACCUACGUCCGGGAGCUCUCCAUCCACCACACGUUCUCGCGCUGCGUCACCGUGCACGGCUCCAACGGCCUGCUGGUCAAGGACGUGGUGGGCUAUAACUCCCUGGGCCACUGCUUCUUCACGGAGGACGGGCCGGAGGAACGCAACACCUUUGACCACUGUCUGGGCCUCCUGGUCAAGUCUGGGACCCUCCUCCCCUCCGACCGGGACAGCAAGAUGUGCAGGAUGAUCACGGAAGACUCGUACCCGGGCUACGUCCCCAAGCCCCGGCAGGACUGCAACGCAGUGUCCACCUUCUGGAUGGCCAACCCCAACAACAACCUCAUCAACUGUGCGGCCGCGGGCUCCGAGGAAACCGGAUUCUGGUUCAUUUUUCACCACGUUCCGACGGGCCCAUCAGUGGGAACGUACUCGCCAGGUUACUCCGAGCACAUCCCGCUGGGAAGGUUCCACAAUAACCGAGCACACUCCAACUACCGCGCUGGCAUGAUCAUUGACAACGGGGUCAAAACUACGGAGGCCUCUGCCAAGGACAAGCGGCCCUUCCUGUCCAUCAUCUCUGCCAGGUACAGCCCUCACCAGGAUGCCGACCCGCUGAAGCCCCGGGAGCCGGCCAUCAUCAAACACUUCACGGCCUACAAGAACCAGGACCACGGGGCCUGGCUGCGCGGCGGGGACGUGUGGCUGGACAGCUGCCGGUUCGCUGAUAAUGGCAUCGGCCUGACCCUGGCCAGCGGCGGGACCUUCCCGUAUGAUGAUGGCUCCAAGCAGGAGAUCAAGAACAGCCUGUUCGUCGGCGAGAGUGGCAACGUGGGGACGGAGAUGAUGGACAACAGGAUCUGGGGCCCCGGUGGCCUGGACCACAGCGGGAGGACCCUCCCUAUAGGCCAGAAUUUUCCGAUCCGAGGAAUUCAGUUCUAUGACGGCCCCAUCAACAUCCAGAACUGCACCUUCCGCAAGUUUGUGGCCCUGGAGGGCCGGCACACCAGUGCCCUGGCCUUCCGGCUGAACAACGCCUGGCAGAGCUGCCCCCAUAACAAUGUGACCAACAUUGCCUUUGAGGAUGUCCCGAUUACUUCCAGAGUGUUCUUCGGAGAGCCGGGGCCCUGGUUCAACCAGCUGGACAUGGAUGGGGAUAAGACGUCCGUGUUCCAUGAUGUCGACGGCUCUGUGUCCGAGUACCCGGGGUCCUACCUCACCAAGGACGACAACUGGCUGGUCCGGCACCCGGACUGCAUCAACGUCCCCGACUGGAGAGGGGCCAUCUGCAGCGGGCGCUACGCACAGAUGUACAUUCAGGCCUACAAGACCAGCAACCUACGGAUGAAGAUCAUCAAGAACGACUUCCCCAGCCGCCCCCUCCACCUAGAGGGGGCCCUGGCCCGCAGCACCCAUUACCAGCAGUACCAGCCGGUGGUCGCCCUGCAGAAGGGCUACACCGUGCACUGGGACCAGCCGGCGCCCGCCGAGCUGGCCAUCUGGCUCAUCAACUUCAACAAGGGCGACUGGAUCCGAGUGGGGUUCUGCUACCCCCGCGGCACGUCCUUCUCCAUUCUCUCCGACGUGCACAACCGCCUGCUGAAGCAGACAUCCAAGACGGGCACCUUCGUGCGGACCCUCCAGAUGGACAAGGUGGAACAGAGCUUUACGGGCAGGGGCCACUACUACUGGGACGAGGACUCAGGGCUGUUGUUCCUGAAGCUGAGAGCCCAGAACGAGAGGGAGAGGUUUGCCUUCUGCUCCGUGAGAGGCUGCGAGCGAAUCAGGAUCAAGGCCCUGAUCCCCAAGAACGCGGGCGUCAGCGACUGCACGGCCACCGCCUACCCCAGGUUCGCCGAGAGAGCUGUGGUGGACGUGCCGAUGCCCAGGAAGCUCCGUGGUGCCCAGCUGAAGACAAAGGACCGCUUCCUGGAGGUGAAGAUGGAGAGUUCCAGGCAGCGUUUCUUUCACCUCCUGAGCGACGUGGCUUACAUUGAAGUGGACGGGACGAGGUACCCCAGCUCCGAGGACGGCAUCCAGAUGGUGGCGAUCGACGGCAGCCGCGGGCACGUGGUGAGCCACACGAGCUUCAGCAGCACCAUGCUGCAGGGCGUCCCGUGGCAGCUGUUCAGUCACGUGGCGGCCAUCCCCGACAACUCCAUUGUGCUCGUGGUGUCGAAGGGACGAUACACGUCCAAGGGCCUGUGGACCAGAGUGCUGGAAAAGCUCGGCGCAGAUAAGAGCCUCAGGUUGAAAGAGAAAAUGGCGUUCGUUGGCUUCAAAGGGAGCUUCCGGCCCACCUGGGUGACUCUGGACACCGAGGACCACGGUGCCAAAAUCUUCCAAGUGGUGCCCAUCCCCGUGGUGAGGAAGAAGAAACUGUGA